UAAUCUGAAAAUAAUAAAAGAUGCCUUCUAGAGGAAAGACGCAACGGUAAGUUUAUUCCUCUGUUCCUAUAAACCGCCUUCAAUACACUGAUCCAACACAAAAUCUUCCUCUCUUUUUUUUCCCCUCUCAAUUCCAGACAAUAGAGACAUUUUUAUUUGGAAGUUCUGCUUCAAUGGCUAACAAUUAUUUGGUAGAAGUGUCACCAAACCCAUCACCAUCUACUCCUCUGCCUUCUAUUCCCCUCCAUUUGUCUGGUUUUUUGAGCGGUGACACCAUUCAAGUUCAAGGAGACACCGAGAACUUACAAUUCUCUGUGCAAUUUAGUAUCAACCAUAAGCAUAAUUCCGAGAAUCAAUUUCACUGUCCCGGUACCGAUACGCCCCAAAAUCUAACUCGUCUCAAUUCUGGUUCUUCAUCAUACAUGACUCCCAUUACAACCCAUGAAGAGGAAGAUCAAAAUGCGCAUAGGGACUCGUCUUACCAUGCAACUGAUUCGAUCCCAACUGUUGAAGAAUGUCGUGCAACGAAGAAGGGAACCAUUGUCACGAGACUGAGAAGCGGGGUCUUAUCCCCGGUGACAUAUUGUCCUCGGAAAUCAAGUGUAGAAGAUGGGAAUUUACAAUUAUGGAGGAAAAUAUCGUCGAGGAAGAAGGGAAAGGGGAAAGGGAAUGAUGUUUUGGAUAGGGUGCUCAGACGACACAGUCUUCCGGUAAGGCCAUGCAGUUCUUAUGCUUUCUUUGUGAUUACCACUUGGGGUGCGGCCAAGUCUUCUUCAUUUGGAGGGACAAGCAAGAAAUUGGGUGAGAUGUGGUGCAAACUUCCCCCAGAGGAGAAGAAGGUAUUUGAGGACAUGGCAUUGCAAGAUAAUGUAAGGUACAGGAGACAAUGCAUGCUGUUGAGGUCCAAAGAUGGGGAUGGAGAAGUGUUAGACUGGAAAAAAGUAAAAAAUGUGGAGUAGCAUUGAGGUAGGUGCCUAAAGGGAUCCACAGAAAAUUCAGUAAGUUUGAACUCUAAACAUAUUUAUAUAUACAUGUUUCUUGUAUGCAGAAUUGUAUUAUGGUCUAUAGCAGAACCACAGGAUAUAUAUGCAAUUGCAUUAUGAUAAUUUAUGUGGAUGAGAAAUACCAAUAUAUUUUAUGUAUGUUGAACAUCAGUAGUAGCAAUCAGUAUCAGCAAUUGUAAAAACCAUUGUGAGCAAGAAG